AGGUUACUAGUAAAGUGCAUGACAUCAGCUGGGUGUGGGAGGGAACAGGGAGCAGGCAGCACUAUAAAGUUUCUGCUGCCAAGUCUACCAGGCACACCUCCGCUGAACAGGUUCACUACUCCUUGUAGAGCCAGCCUACAACAAACAUAAGGAAACAUGGCAAAACGCGUUGCAGUCAUUCUCUCAGGCUGUGGAGUUUACGAUGGCACAGAGAUCCACGAAGCUUCUGCCAUCCUGGUUCACCUAAGCCGAGCUGGAGCGAAAGUGCAGAUGUUUGCUCCAAAUGCUGACCAAAUGCAUGUUGUAAACCACUGUGACGGGAAGCCCACAGAGGAGAAGAGAAACAUCCUGCAGGAAAGUGCCCGCAUUGCCAGAGGUGACGUGACUGAUCUGGCCAAGUUGGAUGUUUCAGCUUUUGAUGCUGCCAUCAUCCCAGGUGGCUUUGGCGUGGCUAAAAACCUGUGUGACUUUGCCACGAAGGGUAAAGACUGCACCAUCCAGUGGCAUCCAGAGAAAAUCAUCAAGGAUUUUCACAAAGCUGGGAAGCCCCUGGGCAUGUGCUGCAUUUCCCCCGUCCUUGCUGCCAAAAUCCUGCCUGGCUGUGAGCUCACUGUGGGGCAGGACAAACAGAGUGACAAGUGGCCGUAUGCUCAGACAGCAGCAGCUGUCAAGGAGAUGGGCUGUAAGCAUGUCAACACGGAUGUGGAUAAGGCACACAUUGAUGUCAAAAAUAAGCUGGUCACCACCUGUGCAUUCAUGUGCAACGCUGCCAUUCAUGAAAUUUUUGAUGGCAUUGGAGUCAUGGUCAAAGAGACUCUGAAGAUGGCUUAAGAGUUUCUGAUUACGUUUGUUCAUUUGUUUAUUUAUCUUCUGUAAAAACAUUUCUACUCAUACCACUUAUCUCAGAGAAAUAAUAUGAGGUUAUAUCAAUUUGUUUGGAAAUUCUCAA